GAUAAUAUUCGAUAAGUUUAUCAAUUAUACAGAUAAUAGGUUUGCGAUAAAAAAACAACACAAUUCGUAACUGUGAUUUGUGUGGGUUAACAUUGUAUUUUUAUAAAAAAGUAAAAUGCGUAUAUUUACGUGUAUGAAAAGCCAGGACGAAGAUGAAGAGCAUUCAGUUGAAAUAGACAGACAAAUCAAACAAUGGAUCAAAACUUAUAACAGUGCAAUAAAACUGCUUCUACUAGGCACGGGAGAGAGUGGGAAAACUACCAUAAUAAAACAGAUGAAGAUAUUACACGUGCAAGGAUUCACUGCCAGUGAAAGACAGGAAAAGAUAAAACACAUCAGGUUCAACAUACACGAGUCGAUAUACGAGAUAGUCCACAACAUGUCCGGGCUGAGCAUAUCGUUACAGAACCCUAAAAACGUGCAGUCGCAGCAGAUUAUACUGAAGUGCGGGCCCAACGGUCCACGUGACUAUACUGAGGAUUAUUUUGACCACGUCAGAGCAUUAUGGAGGGAUGGAGGCGUACGGGAGUGCUUCAAAAGAUCAAACGAGUACCAACUUAUCGACAGUGCAGAAUAUUUCCUAGACAGGUUAGACCUUGUCGCGAAACACGACUACAUGCCCACAGACGCAGACAUACUAAGAUGUCGACAGAAAACCACGGGCAUACAGAAAAUAGAGUUUAAAGUGAAAGUGCCCAAAUCAAUGCACGGCGGUGUGCAGGACUUUUGGAUGUUUGACGUGGGAGGACAGAGAGGGGAGAGGAAGAAAUGGAUACAGGUGUUCGAAGGUAUUCACGCUAUAUGGUUCCUAGUAGCCUGCAGCGACUUCGACCAGACAUUAAGAGAAGAUGGAACGCAGAACCGGCUGCGGGAGUCACUGAAUCUCUUCGAAGACGUGUGGCAGAGCAGAUUCCUCCUGGACGCGGGACUGAUCGUGUUCCUGAACAAGCAGGAUCUGUUGGAGACAAAAGUGUCGCAGGGGCGCAGUAUCGGCGAAUACUUUCCGCAGUACCAUGAGUACCAGGCCGCCGGCGACGAGUACACCAGGACCAAGCUGUUCAUCAGGAGUCUGUUUGCUGAGCUGACGAAGCGCAAGUGCGAGCGGCGCAAGCUCGGCGCGUCGGCGGAGCGCUUCGUGGUGCUCGAGGCGUCGCGCCCGCGCGAGUGCUACUUCCACUUCACCACCGCCACCGACACCGACAACGUGCGCACCGUCUUCAGGGACGUGCACCAGAUGAUACUCACGCACAUACUCAACAACAUCGGGGUUUAUUGACGAAUAAAUGUAUUUCACUCGU